AUGCGUUUCCCAACCCUGACCGCAGAUCAAGUGACAGCCCGCCAGUUCUGGCCUAAAACGUUACCGGCCUUCUCAGGGGAACCUGAAGAGUGGCCCUUGUUUUACCACAGUUACGUGACCGCAAAUGCAGCCUGCGGGUUCACAAAUGUUGAAAAUUUAGUCCGAUUGAGGGAAAGUCUGAGAGGCCCUGCGAAGGAAGUCGUUUUGACGAAACUGAUGUUUCCGGAUAGUGUAGAUGGCAUUAUUGAAACGCUCAGGCGCUGUUAUGGUAAACCGGAAUUAGUGAUAAAAAACAUGAUCCAGAAAGUGCGUCGCCUCGAACCACCGAAGCCAGAAAGAUUAGACAGCCUCAUAAAUUUUGGAAUGGCAGUACAACAAUUGUGUGACCACUUGGAAGCGGCCAAUCUUCGCAGCCAUUUGUCCAAUCCGACUCUGCAAUCCGAGUUGGUGGAGAAGCUGCCUGCUGCUUAUCAAUUAGAUUGGGUCAGAUACAGGAGAAGAUUCGAGGAACCGACUUUGAAGGAGUUUGGAUGUUAUAUGGAAGAACUGGUUGUCGAUGCGAGCGAGGUCACUACAACCCCACCGAAAACUGACUUCUGCAAGUCCGAAAAGACAAAAUUUCGAGAGAAGGUACAUCUGAACGCGCACAUGGAAUCUGAUGUCUCGUUUGAUAGGUCCCAGCAGAAACAGCCUUGCCCUGUGUGUGGGAGGUUCGAUCAUCGAGUGCGAAAUUGUGACAAAUUUAAACAGCUGAACCUAGAAGCGCGAAAGAAAGUGGUUCAACAGUGGAAGUUAUGCGUGACAUGCCUUAACAGUCAUGGUAACUGGAAAUGUCGUUCGCGGUUCAACUGUAAUGUUGAUAAAUGCAGAGAAAAUCACCACCCAUUGCUCCACCCUGAUAGACCCAACAGUAACAAUUCGGCACGGUGCAACACCCACAUCGAAAGUAGUACGUCGAUCUUAUUCAGAGUGGUGCCGAUCAAGUUACGUAAUGGACUUUGCUGUAUUGAUACGUACGGAUUCCUAGACGAAGGUUCGUCUCUCACCAUGCUCGAGACAAGCCUCGCCAAAGCACUUGGUGUAACUGGAACGCCAGAGCCACUGGAACUUCAAUGGACAUCAACUUAUACGGUAAAAGAGCUAGAUCUUCCAAAACAAAGCCUACCGUUUAAGAGCUUAGCAGCUAAAUAUAAGCACUUGAGGAAUCUGCCUGUUUUGCCAUACACGAACGUAACGCCUCGGGUGCUAAUUGGGUUGGACAAUUUGGAGCUGUUCGCUCCCCUCGAGAGCCGCGUAGGACAACACGGUGAGCCGAUUGCUGUGAGGUCUCUUCUUGGAUGGACCGUCUACGGGCCGCGCAAACAAAGGCCGAACAGAAUCAACGUUCAUUCGUAUGAUUGCAAAGGAGAUGAAACGCUUAACGAGCUGAUUCGUGAGCAUAUCGACAUGGAAAAGGCGUUGAUGUCAACGACACCACUGCCACAAUCUGAAGCAGAUAAGCGAGCUCUAAAGAUCCUGGAAAGCACCACUAUUUUUAAAAAUGGGAAAUUCGAAACCGGUCUUCUUUGGUCAUCAGAAGCUGUUCACCUUCCCAAUAGCCGACCGAUGGCACUUAGUAGAAUGAAGUGCUUGGAGAACAAACUGGCGAAGGAUCCCGAACUAUGUGCGAAUGUUCAUCAACAAAUUAAGGACUACAUCCUGAAAGGCUAUGCCCACAAAGCAUCUGAGCAGGAGUUGCUGGAAGCACCCUCGUCACGCGUUUGGUAUCUUCCGCUGAACGUGGUUUCCAAUCCGAAAAAACCCAACAAGAAAAGGCUCGUAUGGGACGCCGCAGCAUCCGUGGACGGAGUCUCUUUGAAUUCUCUCCUACUGAAGGGACCGGACCUACUAGUGAUUAGCAAGUUUCGGGAAGGGCGAAUCGGAUUUGGUGGAGAUGUGAGGGAGAUGUUCCACCAAAUCCGGAUCAGGCCCGAAGAUAAAAAUGUGCAACGCUUCCUUUUCCGUUUUGAUACCAACCUCCCUCCGGACGUCUACAUAAUGGAUGUCGCAACCUUCGGCGCUGCCUGUUCUCCCGCUACCGCUUUGUUCAUCAUGGGAAGAAUAGCAGAGGAGUGUAAACAGGAGUAUCCAGAGGCAUCUUUAGCGAUAAGCGACAAGACGUAUAUGGAUGACUACUUUGACAGCGCAGAUUCACCCAAAGUAGCCCAACGAAGAGCCUCUCAAGUCCGAUCAGCUCUGCAGAAAGCGGGCUUCGAGAUGCGCAACUGGAUCAGCAACGACGAUACUGUUCUUCAUAGUUUGGGAGAAAAAGCAAACUGCGAGAAGGUAACAUUGUCUAGCGAUAAAAACAAAUAUUUAGAGAGAGUAUUAGGCGUUAAUUGGGAUCCAGCAAAGGAUGUUUUCUCGUUCCCUAUUAAUUUUUUCGGGAAUCUUAAUCAAUAUGUGACUGAACGAAAGCGACCUACGAAGAGAAUUGCAUUAAAAUGCCUUAUGAGCCUUUUUGACCCUCUGGGGCUAUUAUCUCCGUAUACUAUUCACGGGAAAAUGUUGGUGCAAGACCUGUGGCGCACCGGAGUACAGUGGGACCAGGAAAUGCAGGACACGGAAUGGCAAAAGUGGCUUAGCUGGACGAACUUGCUGAAGGAUAUUAAUCGUCUGGAGAUCCCCCGACACUAUUUCGCAGGAUUGGCUACAAAUCAAACAGUUCAAUUGCAUAUAUUUACAGACGCAAGUGAGCUCGGUUACGGUUGUGCAGCGUAUUUUCGCCUUGUUUGUGGCGAGCAAAUCAUCGUCACCCUUGUUAGAGGUGUCGCCAAGGUUGCCCCGCUAAAAUAUCAGUCCAUCCCACGCAAGGAACUACAAGCUGCGGUUCUUGGUGCGAACCUGAUGGUCAAUAUCCGCAACAUCCACUCCAUCCCCGUCAGCGAAACAUUCAUAUGGACCGAUUCGACAACCGUGUUGGCCUGGAUUACAGCGGACCAGCGAAAAUACAAGCAGUACGUCGCAGCCAGAGUGGGCAACAUCCUAUCGCUUACGGACCCAGGUAUUUGGCGCUGGGUUCCUACUAAGGAGAAUAUUGCCGAUUGUCUGACGAAGUGGGGAAAAGAAACCAUUCCCGAUUCAAACAGUAGGUGGUUUAAGGGCCCAUCAUUUCUUUAUGAAAAACCGGAAAAUUGGCCCAAACCAAAGACUCGUAUUGAAGUCACACAAGACGAACUUAAGGCUCACCUCUUAUUGCAUCACAUUUCCUUUCCUAAACCUCUUAUAGACGUCGACAGAAUCUCUAAGUGGUCAAUUCUGGUACGUACGAUGGCCACUGUCCAAAGAUUCAUAUCUAACUGCAAACGUCGAGUUAAAGGGCUACCUAUCGAAGCGGUACAAGCCGAGGAGAAGACAAAGCGUUUAGUCGUAAAAUUCAUACCAUCAAUUCAACAACCCCUUCGUCAGUCCGAGUAUCGUGAUGCUGAAAUCACCCUGUGGCGAAUUGCUCAAAUUGACAGUUUCCCGGAUGAAGUGAAGAUUCUCUUGAAUAACCGUAGUAAACCGUUGAUCGAAAAAUCUAAAAUAGAAAAAUCGAGUAUUUUGUACAAAUAUUCUCCGUUUGCCGAUGAGUUUGGAGUAAUAAGAGUUGAGGGGCGUACAGCUAACGCUCAGUUUGCAACCUUUGAUGCAAGGUUUCCGGUAAUAUUGCCCAACGAUCAUAUUAUUACAAAACUCCUCAUUGGCCAUUAUCAUCGAACUUUCGGUCAUGGUAACAGGGAAACUAUUUUCAACGAGCUUCGCCAGAGAUUCGAAAUAUCAAAAUUACGUCCUGCAAUACUCAAAGUAGCAAAAAGCUGUCAACGCUGUAAGAUUCGGAAGUGUGUACCCCAAGUACCCCGUAUGGCACCCCUACCAGAACAACGUCUUACUCCCUACGUCAGGCCCUUUCAGUACACAGGUCUGGAUUACUUGGGACCAGUAGAAGUCACCGUUGGUAGACGACGAGAGAAAAGGUAUGUUGCUGUUUUUACUUGCCUGGUAGUCCGAGCGGUGCACAUCGAAGUGGCACACAGUUUGUCUAAAGAUUCGUGCAUAAUGGCUAUAAGAAGAUUCGUUCAGAAGCGAGGUCCCCCAAGUGAAAUUUUCUCAGACAACGGCACCAAUUUCGUGGGCGCCAGUCGCGAGCUUCAGAAACAACUUAGAGAUAUCCAUCUAGAAUGUGCCGAUACCUUCACCAAUGCCCGCACUAACUGGUUGUUUAAUCCACCCACAGCUCCACACAUGGGCGGAGUGUGGGAACGGAUGGUGCGUAGUAUCAAAGUAUCGAUGGAAGCGUUGGAUGACGGAAGAAAGGUGAACGACGAAAUCUUGCUUACGGUACUGGCUGAGACCGAAUCAUUGAUCAACGCACGACCACUUACAUAUAUGCCGCAAGGAACGUCGGAGAAUCAGGCCCUCACUCCAAAUCAUUUUAUUCUGGGGUUCUCAACCUGGGAUACCGGCACUGAUCAGAUGCGGAAACCGGUCGAGCUUAACGAGAUGUUACAGAGCAGUUAUCUAAGAUCUCAGUAUCUAGCUGGGACAGUAUGGAGUCGCUGGAUCAUGGAAUAUUUUCCGUCACUGAACAAACGACCGAAGUGGAUCGAGGAGAUGAGCCCGGUGAAGGAAGGCGAGCUCGUGUACAUAGCGGAAGGCAACCGACGGAGCUGGGUUAGGGGACGGAUCUCGAAGCUACUGCCCAACAAAGACGGAAGGGUUCGGCGAGUGAUAGUCGAGACUUCGUCUGGACCCUUAAGGCGAGCGGUGGCGACGUUAGCACGGAUGGAGAUAGGUAGCUGUGAACCUGGUUCAAGUCCCGAAGGUACCGAACCUGCUUCACGGGGUGGAGGAUGUUCUGGCAUCACUGAGCCCUGCCGGCCGCAAACGCAGAAAGGAGAGGUAGAAGAAAAGUAG